CAAUUCCUUCAAAGUAAUCUUGAAUACUGUAUCUAUUUAUGUGUUUUGCGUUAGUGAGUCUGUCUGAGGAGCAGCAGGAUAGCAGGCCUCCCAGCAGAGGAAAAGUGAAGCUGGAGGAGGAGGAGGAGGAGGAGGAGGAGGAGGCAAUGGAGGAGGACAGCCCUCUAGUGGCCCUUGCACCUGAUGCUUCACUCCCAGAGGAGCUGCCCUCUGCCAGUACUGAUGUCUCUGCUAGUCCUGCUUUCCAGUGCUUAGAUGAGAGAGGCAAAGAGGUGCCGUGCUCAGUUGGAGAGGCUGCAGGCCGAGGUGGAGAGAACAGAGGAGCAGAGCACCUCUGAGCAGCCUGAAAGUGAGGUCAAUGAACUGAGGCAGCAGCUCCUCCGGGCAUACAAUGAACUGAAAGCUGCCGAGGACAGAGAGUACAAGACACAACACAAACUGAAGUGUCUCUGGGAAGAGAAGCGGUAUCUGGAGAAAGAGAAUGAGAUUCGGCCGAAACCUGCUGAGCUGGAGAGCAGAACAAAGGCCCUGCAGGACAAAUACGAGGAUCUGAGGAAAGAGGUUGCCCAGAGACAACUGGAAGUCAGAGGCCUGAUGGAAGAUGUGGAAGCCCAUGAAAUGCAGAUAUUGAAAGAACAGAAAGAGCUGGAAGACAAGAAGGAGAUCAUAGAGCUCAAAGAGGCUGAGAAAGCCCAGCUCAUCAGCAUACCUGACCAGAUUUUAAAGGAGACCGAACGGAAACGCUCUAAGAGGGGAGCUGCACUGAGGAAGAUGGAAGUGCUAAAUACAGAGAUUUCAGAAAUGGAGCAGCAAGUGAAGGAGGUGGAGCUGCAUAACCACUCCCUCAGGUUGAAGAAGGAGGAGUUGAACGAGGAGCUGCUGGGUCUCCGGGCUCAAGUCGAGGCCAGUCAGAGGGAGUGCAGACAGCUGCUGAAAGAGCAGGAGGUCAAAAGGGAGGAGGAGGUGGAAUUAACAGGGAACAGAGGUAUCCUGGAAAUGAAGUUGCAGAACAUCAUGUGUGACAGGAAGCACCUGUACGAGAGCCAAUCUGUGCAGCUCAAAGAGAAAAAUAGGCAGAUGCAAGCCCUCAAGAGGAUGGAGCAUGUGUUGACCACGGCCACUGAGCAGCUAGAAUGCACACAGUCCAUCUACAAUGAGCUGCAGGCACAGUUAGAUGCUCUUCCUAAAAGAGAGGCCAGUAUUCAGCAGAGGAUGGAGCUUCAGAAAGAGGUGGAUGCUCUCAAAGUCAGCUUUGAAAAACAGCUAUCAGUAGCUGAGGAGGAGAGCCAGAAGAAGCAGCAGUAUGGGGUGAUUCAGGGGCUGCUGAGGGAGUCAAACUGCCUCAGAGAAGAACUCCAUAACCUCAGAUGUCUGACACAGAUCAAAGCCGAGGAGAGGGGCCAGAAGCACCGUGAACUGCUUAGAGCCGAGCAGCUGAACCAGCACAUCCAGCAGGAGCUGCUAGAAAAGGACUUGAUCAUCAUGGACCACAACAAGCUGAAUACUAUGCUCCAGCGCAGAGUAUCACAGUAUUGUAAGCUGUGCCACAUGAUCAUGGAAGAGAAGAAUAAGUACGUCAAGCUGAAGCAGAUUGCCUCACAGACAAUCACAGAGCUGACGGAGCAGGUGAAGGUGCAGGAGAAUGAGACGGAGAUCCAACGUACCAUUGUCAUCAACAAGGACAGAUCACUCACAAAGGCUCGUAUGAAGAUCUCUAAUAGCUCCAAAAUGAGGGACAAACUGCUCAAUGACAUCUCCAAGGUUGCCUGGAAACAACGUCAGAUCAGUCAGGAGUGUGAGGACAACAAACUGGAGUUGAUGAAACUCACACAAAUGAUAAACCUUCAGGAGAAAUCACUUCUGGAAAUGAACAAGAAUCAUGAAACGGCCAUACAGCGCCGCAAUUUACUUGGCAUUCAGCUCCUGGAGCAUGAGGAGGUGUUAUUGAACUACUAUGAAAAGGUGAACAUCCAGGGGGCGGCCAUUACGAAGGGCAACAUGGCGCUGGAGACCCUGGAGAAGGAGAUGAAAGACUUGCAGUUGACGAUUAAUGAGGAGAAGAGACAGAUAGACCUGAAGAAAAAGGAGGUUCCACUCAAUAAAAAGUUGGAGGGAGAGAUCACCAUGCUGCAGAUAGAGUUGUCAGAAGCCAGGGACAAGACACUUGAGGGUUUGAAUCGAACGGUUGAAUACAAAGAGCUAAAAGGCAAAGACCACUCAACUGUGGAACUGGUCAAGAAGAUUGAGCAGCUGGAGGUGAAUCUAGCAGAGAGCGAGAGGCAGGUGCUGGAAAGAGAACUCCUUGUGGACCAGGUGACCCGGCUCUCAAAACCACUCAGCGAGCAGGCUGAGAACUGCCAACAGGACAGACUCUCAUUGGCGAAGAAGUUAAACAAGCUCCGAACUCACAUAAUCGACACCAACCACCGUUUGAUGGCCGUUUCUGCAGAACUUUCAAUGAAGCAAGCUGCUGCUUUGUCUCUCCAACAAGAAAUCAAAGAGAAAGAGCACCAGAUGGACAGGUGCCAGCAGCAGCUGGAGCAGGGCCUGCCACCAUGCCCUGAGAUAGAGGAGGAGUGGAGGAGGAUGCUCCGAGACAAGAAAAGGAGACAGAGGGACAAAGAGGAGAGAGAGAGGCUGGCUGAAGAAGAGGAGUGGAACCAGUUGCCUAAUGGAGAGUACACCACGGCCGAGACCCGACCCAACGCGUACAUCCCCCAGACCGACGCGCUCCCUCUGCCCAAACCCUACGGAGCCCAGCCCCCCUUCAGACCCUCCCAACCAGGAGCCAGCAUGAGACACAUCCGCAAACCAACGCUCAAACCCUUAGAGAUAUAGAACAACAACACACACACAAACUCGUGCCGGUUUGGUUCACGUCUUGUCCUUCAGAAACUUUUAAUCUCCACGUGAGGGAUCGGAAAUUUAAAAAGCAAAUGAGCAUUUUUAAAGAAUGUUUUCCAGCGGAGUUCAGCGAUUUGGCUGAUUCCGGCCCCCUUCGUCCACCCUCCUCCUCCUCUCUGAUUCUUGUAUAUUUUUGUGAGCUCACUGUCCAGAAUACCACUGCUGUUUUUGUCAUGUGCAUCUGGUUGUAAUUUUGUUUCCUUUUUACUUUUUUUUUACACUUACUGGCAAGAGCUUGUUCUCAUUUGCUGUAACACUAAAUUCUGUAGGAGAGUGGAAGGGAAGACAGAGGACACGGGGGAGAUUAAGUGUGUGUGUGUAUUGUUACAUCAUGUCCGCCAAUAAAAACUUCUGUAUUAUUUCU